AAUUUAUUGUCACUUAGUUUUAUAUUAUGUCUAGCCCCUUGCUUGCGCAAGUACCAACAAAGUGGACAACGAUCGUUCGUCCAUUUCUUCUGCGUGCGGACGAGUUUGCGAAGCAGCAUCCCGUUGUUUCCUACUUUCUGCGUACACACGUUGCGUAUUUAUGCAUGAAAAAUCGUACCAAAGACAAGGAAGAUUUGAAAUUUCUGAAGCAACUUUUGGGAGACUUGGAAAACGACAAGAGGCUUCUCGGAAAGGAGUUAGAGAACGUGGAUGGGCGAACUGUUCUGACAAAGUACGCGCUUAUGCUCUUUAGCAAGGCGGACACCGACGAGCGAUCUGGAAAGGCAGACCUCAACAUUGUUCGUUUGUUUUUUACCUCGGCGCUUCUUUUUGAGGCCACUAUCCAGUUUACCGAGGACGCGGAGAUGGAUCCCAUUGCGAAGGAAAAGUGUAAAUACGCGAAAUACACCGCAGCGUGCAUGAAGAAGGCAGUAGAUAACAACAACCCCUAUAUAAGUCGAAACCGAAUUGAGGAAACCCCCUCUCAGGAAACGUCAUUUUUGCCGGAUGAGAGGUUGAGAAACGAGGUAGGUGAGGAUCAAGGCAGCAUUUCUCCGUUGUUUUUUCCUAAUCAUCGUCCUCUUCCUCCUUCAGCAUCCCCCGUCGAUGAAGAUUUUCAAAAUGCCAUUAAAUUUAACGACGGCGGUAGUGUUUCUCCGAUUUUAGCGCCGCCGCCCUACGUUUCUCCUGUGAAUUCGAAGCCAGUGCAGUUCAAAUCGAAGGGUAUUCCUUCUGGUGGGGUAGGAAUCACCUCAACAAUGAAGACACCUGUGGAAAGUCAAUUUACUGCAAUGACGGAGGUCUUUGGCAACGCUGAGGACGCCGAUCUCUCGUUGGAUGCGAUUUUGGAUGCCCAAAAGUCCGUCUCGCAGGCGGUCACUGCGCUCCAGUUUAAUGAUAGCGAAAGUGCAAGAAAGCUUCUUCGGCAAGCUUUGGAAUUUUUAGACCAGUAGUCAUAAAAUUAGUGCAUUUACUUUUCUGCUUUGUUUUUGAAGAAAAUGAAAAGAUGUUGCGAUGCAUUUACACUUAUUCGGGGUGAGAGGUUGACUUGGAUCCUUUAACGAUUCAUCUUUGGCGUAUGCAUGAUGUCGCUUGGGACUAGCGAGUGUUUGAUGUCUUUUUAUUGUCUAGGAUCAUGAGAAUAAUAAGAUUUUAGUAGUGUCGUUGGUUUAUACUCAUUUUUUUCAAAUUGAUUGCAACAAUUAAUAUGAGUAUUGUUGUUGUUCCGCUCAUUGAGUCAUUGGCUCCCGAAUGUGGAAGGGGUUUCUCUCUUUAUGUUUUUCAUACAUAAAUACUUUCACUUAUAUUGUCAGCUUUAAUUUCUAUUGGUGUAGCUAAGCUCUAUAUCUUCUUCUUCAAAGACAUAUCAGUGUGUUUUGUUAUUAUGACGGAACGUCUAAAAAAAAACAAAGGAAGUGUAUUUAAUAAUCUUGAUGAUGAUGAGUCAAUGCUAGAACAGUAAAGUCAACCAUUUCAAGUACAGUCAAGUGAUCAAAAUAGAUUUUUAUUUCCCACAUUUUCUUUUAUACGUGUGGAAAGUUAUUUAUAUAUUUUAUAGGGCUUGAAAUUUUCUUAUAAACCUUUUAGUUUUAUCUAUUAGCAGCCGUGAGAUGGAUAGAAAUUCAACCUCAACAGGAAAUCCACUUCCAUCUGUGGAAGCGAUGAAUUCUGCAAAGCAGCGCGCGAGGCAGGCGGUGUGUGCUCUUCAGUUUUACGACUGUAAAACAGCUCGGAAGGAGAUUUUAGCUGCGAUUCAGUUGUUGGAUGGGUCUAAAGGCGUAAUGAAAUCAUAAAAAAUACACCUCCUCCACAUCCCAUUCUCCCUCUUAGGUACGCUGACAAGAGAAAAAAGAAGAAGAGGCUUGCUAUAAAUUGUUAUAGUAUUUUUUAUAAUUACGUACCUUGCUGGUUCCACAAAGAUGUCAAGGUAUGAUCAAACGGUAGAUCCCUUUGCUUAUUAGUGAAAAGUAUUAUGAGAAACAAUUUGUAUAUGAGAAAUUAUUUAUAAGCCUCUAACAUCAAUGCUUUUACAAAAAAAAAAAUCGUUGUAAAACGUUUUUGAUGUGAUCGCUUCAAAGUUUACAAAAAUGAUAUGAAUGCCAGGCGACCUAGAACGUGUCUUUGGUUACUGAAUUUAGUGAAAUCCAAGAUGGAAGUAUUCACAAUGAUGAUCUUGAUGAAGUUGUAUUUCUCCAUUGGGGAGUAGGAAGGGUUUUUACUUUCCCCAUCUUCCCCCAUGGAAAAUGAGGUUAUACCGGAUAAGUGCAUCCGUACAAGCCCUUUACACGUAUGAAUAUUCUCAGUUAAGAUUCAGGGCAAAACAAAUCACUCAAAUGAAAAUUUAUAUGAUUCAAUAAGUAAGAAUUGACAUUCUGUUUACAAGUUGGCAUUCUUCUUCUUUCAGGGAUUAGUAAAGGUGUGGUCAUUUUUUUCCACCUGAUGAUCACCUAAAGGCCGCAACAUUCCACUAUAAAUGUUAAUAAAUAGUUUCUUAAUGUUGUCUAAACAUGCACCAUAGCGUCAAUUUUUCAAUCUUGAUAUUAUCUCUAUUAAAAAA